AAAGUUUCUUGUAAUCUGUGAAUCACUCUGCGGUCGAAAGGUCGACUGUACUUAUCGUUGCUACUUAAUCCGUACGAUUAUUAUCUGAUUAAUUAUAUAAUAAUCGAGCGUUGUUUGGAGUUAGAUGCACUCGGGACAAUGGCGGAGAAAUACGUUUUUACUUUGGGACCGGAGGUGGAGAAAUACGCGGAGGAAAAUCUGAACGAGACAGAAGAAUCGAGAGAGAGAUGUUUGGAGGAGAUGAAGCGUUGGUUGAACGAGGACGGGGCGAUUUUGAACGCUCGAAUCGAGGAUAGGUACAUCCUGCCGUUCCUGCGCAGCGCCAAAUUCGACCCGGACCUCGCCAAAACCAAGCUGACGAACUACUACAACCUGCGCCGCGACGACCCCAAGUGGUUCGUCGACCGCGACCCCGCAGCGCCCUCCAUCCAGCAGCUGGUGAAGCUCGGCGUGUUCGUCCCCCUGCGGAAGCUGCACCGGAACCAGCUGGUGGUGCUCAUCAGAACGGCCGCCCACGAUCCGAGUAGGCACAGCCAGGAGGAUGUUUUUAAGCUCGAUCAUAUGUUGCUCGAUGUGGCUGGGCUCUUCGAGUUCGAGGCCGCCCAAAUCUACGGGGUGGUCUCCGUGUUUGAUAUGCAAGGGGUGAGUUUGGGGCACGCGAGGGCUCUGACGCCGGGGAUCGUGAAGAGGGCGGUGGCGGCGUGGGAGAACUACCACGUGGAGUCGAAGAGCUUCGAGUUUAUCAGGUCCCCGACUUACCUGAACGUUAUACUGAAGAUAUUUAAAAGUUUCAUGAAGGAGGAGAUGAAGAGGAGUAUUAGAGUGCACUCCAAGGGAUUGGAGGGGUUGCACCAGGUGGUUGAUAAAGCGCUGUUGCCGGAAGAGUAUGGUGGUACUGAUGCCGAGUCCAUCCUGCUGGGCAGUAACCAUUCGAAAGAGCUCCUGCAAUCGAUCACCAUGAGCACCGGCAGCGAUUCAAUCGUGAUAGCAGGAAUUUCCGGGCGAUUUCCCCGUUGCAGGAACGUCGAGGAAUUCAAAGAGGCCCUACUCAACGGCGAGAAUUUGGUCACCGAAAACCACGAGAGGUAUCCCAAAGGCUACAGAAACUUACCGGAAAAAACCGGAAUCAUACACGACAUGGACAAAUUCGACGCCUCCUUCUUCGGCAUGACCUCCAAGGAGGUAAAAUUCACCAACCCCCGCCACAGGAUCCUCCUAGAAACCGCCUUCGAGUCGAUUCUCGACGCAGGAUUCAACCCGGAAGAGCUCAAAGGAACCAGAACCGGAGUCUACGUCGCUACCCCGAUGAGCCGCAACCUCCCCGAAAGGGAAGACAGAGAAGACAGCUAUGGCUUCUCCUACUUAGGCCAAAGCGCUUUCCAAGCAGCCAACAGGAUAUCCUACAACUUCGAUUUCAAAGGUCCAAGUUAUUGCGUUGACUCAGCUUGUUCCAGUUCCUUGUACGCUUUCUGCAACGCCAUCGGUCAAUUGAGGUCUGGUGAAGUCGAUUACGCUUUGGUUUUGGGAGCUCACUUGAUCAUCAACCUCGACGAAGCCGAGGAGUUCGUGAAGCUCCACGUCUUGAGCGAUGCUUGCAAAGUGUUCAACGUCGACAGAAACGGUUUCGCUUUAGGCGAAGCCGUCGUCGGCCAUUUUAUCACGAGGAAAAGCGCCAGUAGAAGAAUCUACGCCGAGGUGUUGAGCGCUCAAAUGAACGUCGACGGUUUCAAAAAAGAAGGAGUGGGUUCCCCGUCGCCUGCGGCGCAGGCGCAGCUCAUCGAAAGCGUCUACAAGGAGGCCGGAGUAUCGUUGGAUGAUUUGGUGUAUAUAGAAAUGCACGGAACUGGUACUAAAGUUGGUGAUAUAAUGGAAUGCCAAAGCAUACUAGCAGGAAUAGAUGGAAAGAAACAACCUCUACUCGUCGGAUCCGCCAAAACCAACACCGGACAUUCCCUACAAGCCUCAGGUCUGGUCGGUAUGACGAAACUACUUCUAUCAAUGGAAACUGGAAUAAUCCCGCGCAAUUUAUACGUGGAUAACAUCGAUACAACGUUACCAGGAGUAUCCAGCGGUCGCCUUCGACUCAUCGACGCCCACGUUCCCUACUCCGACGGCAUCCUCGGUGUGAACUCCUUCGGUUUCGGCGGAGCCAACGCCCACGUGGCGCUCCGACCUCUCGGUAAACUAGCCAAGAAGCCCACCAGCGAUAGAAAACGAAGAUUAGUCCAAGUAUCCGGCCGUACCGAAGAAUCCGUGGCGCAUUUCCUCGACCAAACCGAGCUGCACCGCUCCGACGAGGAGUUCCUCGGUCUGGUGGACGAAAUCCACAAGCGCAACGUCGAAGGACAUCCUUACAGAGGCUACGCCGUCCUCGGCGAGUCCACCAAACGGGAGAUAUCGAAGGUACCGGCGGGAAAGCGACCGGUGUGGUUCAUCUACAGCGGAAUGGGGUCCCAAUGGUCGGGAAUGGGUAGAAGUUUGAUGCAUAUACCGGCGUUUCGGGACACUUUCAGGCGAUGCGAUGAGGUUCUGAAGCCCUACGGGGUGGAUUUGGAGGGGCUCAUCAUGCGCGGAACCGCCGAGGAUAUGGCUGAUAUAGAGAAUUGCUUCUGCUCGUUGGUGGCCGUGAGUUUAUCGCUCACGGAGCUGCUGGCUUCGUUGGGGAUCGAACCGGAUUAUAUGGCCGGGCAUUCGUUCGGAGAAAUCGGUUGCGCCUACGCUAAUGGAGAUAUAACCGUGGAACAAGCGGUACUGGUGGCGUACGCUCGAGCGUACGCCUGCAAACAGGUCGACCUACCGCCAGGUCAAAUGGCUGCAGUGGGAAUGUCGAAGCAGGACAUGCAGAAGAUCAUUCCGGAAGAUGUUUACAUCGCCUGCCAGAACAGCAGGGACAGCAUCACCAUCUCCGGCCCCAAGCAGUCCGUGUUGGAGUUCACCGAAGAAUUAACCAACAGGAAGGUAUUCAACAAGCUAGUGGAGACGUCUGGCAUCGCCUUCCACACCAAGUACCUCAUGAGCGCCGACAAAUACAUGCUGGACUUUCUGAAGGACGUUUUGGUGGAUCCCCGGCCGAGGUUGAGCAAAUGGAUAUCGACUUCUGUACCAGUCGAUCAAAGGAACGCCGAUUGGGCGAAGUACAAUUGCGCCGAGUACCACGUGAACAACUUCAACAACACUGUACUCUUCGAUGAAGUCUACCAACACAUACAAAGCAAUGCAAUUGUAAUAGAAGUGGCCCCACACGGGUUAUUAUGCCCGAUACUUAGAAGGGAACUGGGUCCGGAUAAUUCGCUUAUCAGUCUAAUGAACAGAAACGCCGGAGAUCAAGAGGAGUUCCUUUUGACUUCCAUCGGAAGGAUUUUUUUGAACGGCGCUCAACCGAACUUGAGAGAGUUGUAUAAGGAAGUAUCGUUUCCCGUUAGCAGAGGUACCAAAAUGCUAUCGCCUCUGAUCAAAUGGGACCACAGUACUUCCUACUUUGUACCGGACGUGAAACCGACGCACUUCGGUCAAAUCGUACCGAUAAACGUGUCCAAAGAGGACUACCAAUUUCUAAAAGGGCACGAAUUGGACGGGAGAGUAAUAAUGCCGGCUUCUGGUUACAUGGAACUAGCUUGGAUGGUUCUCUCAGACAUCAUGCAAGUACCGCAGGAGCAUUUACCGGUGAUUUACGAAGAUGUGAAGUUCAUUCGAAGCACUGUAUUACCCGAUGAAGAAAACGUUUAUUUUCUGGUUAACAUCUUCAGGGAAACGGGACGUUUCGAAAUUUUCGAAGGAAAGUCCGUUGUUUGUUCGGGAAAAAUCGCGCCAGUAGAAGACACCUCUAAGAUGUAUUUGAUGGAAUCGUCCAGCAAAUCGAGCGAAACCACACCGAUAAUGCAACGAGAAGAUUUAUACAAAGAAUGGAGAAUGGAUCGUUACAGUUUUAAAGGUGCUUUCCAAUCCAUCCGCCGAAUAGACCUCGAUGGCAGACGAAUAGAAGUCGAUUGGUGCAAAAACUUCACGACCCUCAUCGACUCCUUCAUCCAGAUUUUCAUGAAACACGACAACGUCAACAGAGAUCUGUUCUUAGUCUCCAAACUUAAGAGGAUGGUAAUCGAUCCGAGGGAAUUACUGAAAAUUUACGACAAUCAUCUGCAGGUGUCCUUCGAUCCGCAUUCCAAGAUGGCCGGUUCGAAGGGAGCCGAGUUGUUCGAUGUGAAAUUCGAUUUGACCUCCAUUCGGCACAAAACCCACGCCGAUCCGUUGCUGGAAUCCUACGAGUUGAUCGAAUACGAUUCCUCCAACGCGGAUUACGAUCUGGAGACUUCUCUGUACAUCUCCGUGCAGAUAAUCCUGCAGAACUUGAACGGCUUGGUGAAAUUCGCGAGGGUAGGCGAAGUCGUGGAAGCUUCGAAUUCCGCUGGUGUAAUGGAGAAAGCUUUAGAGAGAUUAGUUCUGGCUGAAGUCGAGUAUGUUAAGCUGGUGAAGAGCAACUUCGAAGGAUUGUUUGAUGUGAUAGUAAUUGGAUCGAAUGCAGAAGUGUUUAGAAGAAGUUUGAAGGAAAACGGUUUUGUAAUUUACCUCGGGAAAUUAGAUUAUGCGGAUGGAUAUGACGUGAUUUUCCGAACACCCUGCUUGACUCUACUGCGUUGUAAAAGCGCUUUUCCUACUCUAUACGACACUAUAAACGUAAGAAACAACGAUUUCAGUUGGUUGAAGAAAGUGCAGGAGGUGUCGAAAAGUCCUCGAAGGAAAACCGUCUUCCUUUUCAGCCAAAACGAACAAUCCAGCGGUAUAAUCGGCCUCACCAAAUGCCUAAUGACCGAAGACACCAACGUCGAUUUCAAAGCUAUAUUAAUCGAUCAACCAGCCGAAAUAUUCUCCACCGACGUGGAGCUAUACAGAAACCAAUUAUCCAAAAAUCUCGCCAUCAAUAUUCUCAAAAACGACGCUUGGUACACCUACGCCCACGUUCUACUAAAACCAACCGAAAACAAACUAGUAAAAAACGCCAAAGUUUCAUUAAAAACCGUUGGAGAUCUAUCCACAUUGACCUGGACAGAAAUGCCUGGAUUUCCACCCAACGAUCCAGCGAAGUUCUCCAGCAUCAUCGACGUCAAAUAUCUAGCUCUGAAUUUCCGCGACACUCUAAUAGCCACCGGGGAAUUACAAGUGAAGGAAUUGGCACCCACCGAUGAUAAAAUCAACAUCGGUUACGAAUUCUCCGGCGUCACCAAAUCCGGAAAAAGGGUAAUGGGCAUGAGGUUUACAGAUCCCUUCAACACGGAAUUGCAGAAUGAAAGCGGAUUGACUUGGAAUGUGCCAGACGAUUGGAGCUUGGAAGAUGCUGCUACAGUACCUAUUGUUUAUUCCACUUGUUACUACGGGUUGAUUGUAAGAGCGCAAAUGAGAGAAGGCGAUUCGAUUUUGAUCCACGCAGGAGCAGGAGGCGUUGGUUUAGCAGCAAUCCACAUAGCUCUUAGCCUCAAAGCUACGAUUUUCACCACGGUCAGCUCCCAAGCGAAGAAAAACUUCCUCUUGAAGACCUUCCCGCGACUACCAAGCGCUAAUAUCGGAAAUUCCAGGGAUCUGUCGUUUUAUAACUUGGUGAUGGCGAGAACGGACGGUCGAGGAGUGGACGUGGUGCUGAAUUCGUUGGCCGGGGAUUUCCUGCGGUUUUCUCUGGCUCUUCUGGCUCCGGAGGGGCGGUUCGUGGAGCUGGGUAAAAGGGAUUUCGAAGCCGGAACGGCAGUGGACCCGGAGAUGUUUCUAAAAAAUUGCAGCAUGCACGGCAUCAUGCUCGAUCGUAUCAUGGAAGGCGACUCGAAGACGAAGAAGGAGAUUUUUCGGAUGGUGCAAAAAGGUAUCGAAUCUGGUGUUGUUAAACCGUUACCAACGACGAUUUUCGAGAAGAAUCAGUUGGAAGAGGCUUGGAGAUAUUUGGCUUCGGGUAAACAUAAAGGGAAGGUACUAAUUAAACUUGCGGAUGGUGAUCAACCUGGACCAUCAUCAUUCUUAGCUACACCAAGAAUUAAAUUUAAUCCAGGUGCGUAUUGAAUCCAACAAAUUACUCCACUACAACUGUUAAUUCUUCCAGAUAAAGUAUUCAUAAUCGUCGGAGGUCUUGGCGGUAUGGGAUUAGAGUUGGCCUACUGGUUAAUAACGAAAGGAGCCAAAAAAAUCAUCUUAAACUCCAGACGAAACGUCUGGAACGGCUACCAAACCUCCAACAUCGCCAAAUGGAGCAACUACAAAAACACAACAAUAAAAAUCAACUUACAAGACACCUCCAAAUACGAAGAAGCCCAGAAACUCAUCACCGAAUCGCAACAAUUAGGCGACAUCGGCGGGAUAUUCAACACAGCUUUAGUUCUACGAGACGACAACAUCUUCAACCAAACCGCAGAAUACUUCGAAGCCGUCUUCGAACCGAAACUGCGCUCCUGCGAACACUUGGACGCCAUCACCAGGCGAUCCUGCCCAAAUUUAGACCACUUCGUGGUGUUCUCGUCGGUAGCAGCAGGUAGAGGGAACUUGGGACAAACCAACUACGGAAUGUCCAACGCGGCCAUGGAGAAGCUCUGCGAGAAUCGCAGGGCCUGCGAUUUGCCCGGCUUGGCCGUCCAAUGGGGCCCCGUAGGAGACGUCGGGGUCUUAGGAAACGACGGUAACAGUAACAUCAAGUUUGGAUCUGGUGGAUUCGAGAGACAGUCGAUCGAAUCGUGCUUGGACGCUCUGGAAACGUUCCUGGUACAAAACGUUGUAGUGGGAAGUAGCUCGAUUUUGAGAAACGUCCGAUCGUCGGAGGAUGAGAGGGAGGUGAAGACGCCGGCGAGCGUCGUGGCGCGUGUUCUGGGAAUGGAAUAUUCAGAUUCCAUCGAUUCGACGAGGAAACUGUACGAAUUCGGAUUGGACUCGUUGAUGGUGGCCGAAGUCAAGCAGACUUUGUACAGGAACUUCCAGUUGGAAUUCGAUUCGAAGUCGAUCAGAGAACUCACCUUCGAGCAACUUAAGAGUUAUGGAGUUUGAUUGUCGCGCUUGGUGGGUAUGUAAGUUAAAAAUAAACGUUUUUAGAUGAUUUUAGUUUUGAUAUUUAGAAAAAACUAUCACCUAAAUGUACAUUCUAAUUAAACCGUUAGGAUUUUUUCGUCGCCUUCGGCGGCGACGGCGGCGGUUCGCUCAUGUACCAAUCCUCGCUGGAAUAGAAAUAGAACAUAUUAAUAAUAUUUAUAAACUCGUUAAAAAAAUCAAUCGUACCAUCCUUGCACGUUUUCCGGCGCAUCGCACUUUUGCAACUCCUCGUUAUAAACCUCUCCGACUUGACAACCCAAUUCUCUAGCUUCGAUGCCGUUCAAGCAAACGUAGAACUUCUGGCAAUCCGACGGAUGGGCGAACUUCGGAUGGAUCACCAGGUUCCCGUUGUUGUCCUUCUGGCUCUCCGUGGGGCAACUGAAACCGUCCGUCAAUUGAUCUAAAACAAAUCAACAUUCGAAGUUUCUAUUAACGGAGGAACCCCCGGACGUUAUCUUACUGUUGCUGACGUCGCAACCGGUCCUCUCGGAGCUCUCCGGCCACACGCAGAUGCCCGAGUACUCGUCGAAGUAGAGCCCCGCCGUGCAGGUCACCUCGAUGUGCUCGCCGUGGAUGCAAUUGUAGAACCUGUUGCAGAUCUUGGGGUUCUCGUGGGCGAAGAAGCCGUUCUGGCGCGGACAGACGCCUUUCGGUUGCGGCGGUUCUGAAAGAGGCAGUGUAAAUAGAGGUUUCUUCUAAGGUUUGCGGUUGAGGGAGAAAAGAGGAAGGUUAAAUGGGUCUUCUGGUGGUUGUGGAAGGACCAGGGAGAAAAGAGGAAGGUUAAAUGGGUCUUCUGGUGGUUGUGGAAGGACCAGGUAGAAAAAAAGGAAGGGUCUUCUGGUGGUUGUGGAAGGACCUACGUAAUUCCGUUCUGUCGCCGCAAUCGACGUUGAAGGGCUGGUCGCAUUUGUUCCUUUUCCUGAUUUCUGGAUUGAACACCAGUCCAUCUGGGCAUAGUUUAGUUUUGGCUUGGCCGUCUUUGCAUUCGUAGAAUUUGUCGCAUUGUAUCUCGUCUGGAUAUUGGUCGUCCUUGGGCGGGCAUAUGAAUUGUGCAC